AUGGCAGAAAAUCACUCCGAUAACCAAAGGCAAGGUUUCUCACUAUAUAAAGACUUAUAUUUGAACUCAUUUAGUGCGGACUUUAUGAAACCUGCAAACCAAAAAAUUUCACCGGAAUACGACCUUUCAAACCGUCCCAAUUUUGCAUCUUUAAAUUCAGAUGAAUUAACAGAUUCAAAUGAAAUUGUGGACGAAUAUCUUUCUUCCGAAUAUGACGAAAGCUUUCAAAAAUAUUAUAACCUUGGUGACCCAUACAACAGCAUAGGUCGUAUUUAUUCAGAUACUAUAAAUGAUAGCGGAGUUGAAGACAUAACUCGUCCAAGAUUUGGUUCUGCAACUCAUCAACCUAUGGAGGGUAUUCCUGAAGAACCUGAUGAGAUAUUAUCUCCUACGGCAACUCACGAUUCGUUUGUUAAAUCUCAAGAUAAUAAUAAUUUGUCUAACACUAUUGAUAAAAAAAACUCAUCUAAAAUUGCUCGAAAAUCUAUAUUGGCGUCUUUAAAAGAAAAAGAAACUGCUCCACUACCACCUUUACCACCUGAGGCUUACCAAAAUAUAACAUCCAACUAUUCGUUGGCUAGAGACGAGCAUCACCAUGGUUUUGAAUCUUUUGGGUCUCAAAGUGACAAUCCAGAAAAACAAGAAUUUCGGCAGCCCACACUUCGCAAAAAGCCCAAUUUUAAAUCGUCCCAAAUUGCUUCAGCUUAUGCUUUGUUUAGCCGUUUUGAGUCUUCUGGUUCUUCAACUUCAGAUCAAAAUAAACGACCUAUUAAAAAGAAAAGGUUAUCGUUUUUGAACCGCAAAAGAAACAAAUAUCACGAAGGAGUUUCUACUGUGACUAAAGUUGAAGCUCAAAGUUUCGAUCACAUGAACAAAAUGGCAGAAAGCCCUAUAUCCCCAGAAUCAGUCCCACUUUUAAAACGGAAUGAAUCAGUUAAACAAACAACCUUAAAAUUACAGAAACAACUGGAAUCUCUUACUCCAAUCCAAAUUCAAACUGUGUCUCAACAAGUUGGAAAGGUUGCCAAAAACCAGUGGAAAUUCAGGCCAUCUGCAGCUAGUCAAAAGAGUUACAUAGAAAAUAAACCAGUCUAUGAAAACGAUGAUAACUAUAACCCUAACAGCUCCAUUUUUUCUUUAAAAAGCAAAUCAAGAUAUUUACCUAAUAAACAAAUUCAAAAAGAUAUUAAUAAUCAAAACUUUAGAACGGGUCAUUCUUCAAACUACGAUAAUACACAUGAUACUUGUAUUGAUGGAUCUGGUGCGUUAAAUUCAGUGGAGUUAAACAGCAGAUUAUCUCAAAUUGGUGAAGAUGAGGAAGAAUCAGCUCAGAUAAUCUACGAAAAAAACCGUAUCUUUAGCAAAGAGCAGGAGCUAACAGAUUUAGUUAAAACUCUUAAACGGUUUCAUAAAACACUGGACCAAGUAGAAUCAGAGGCAAAAAAUGGAAAUAACUCAAACAGCUUUAAACGCCUUUCAGAUUUUAACAAAAACCAAAUUUUGUUUUCUCCUCGAGAUAAUAUCACCCAUGAACGCAAUCCAAGCGGUGACUUCAAUGCUAAAAAUAUUGAAAGACAGAAAAGAUUCCAAAGAAAACAAAACAAAACCACCAGCCCUUUGGAUUCUCCGAAAUCUGAACCUGUUGCACCUGCGCAUUAUAAUGAUUACCGAGAAAUGGGAUGGGCCCAAAACUGGUUGGGCCUUGUUCAAAGUGGAUUAGAACCAUAUUUGAAGGGGUUUCCACCAUCUUCAGUAACAAGCUUUAAUUUUUCAAAGGGUCCCCAGUCACCUGUAACAAGUUUUCAUUCAAACAAGGAGUCUCAAUCAUCUGUAACUAGUUUGAAUUUAAAUAAACCUGAAACAAGUAAUACUAUUGACUCAGAUGAGCCAAUAAUUCAUCACCCUAUGGGUGAUGCCAAACAAUACCAAAUUUCAUUACCAUUUUACGAAAACAUCGAUAAUCCAUCUUUACCACAAUCAUUAAAUGAACUCAACAAAGCCUACAAACAAUUAUUGUCAUUUAUCAAAGAAGAGGAGGAAGAUUUCAGUGGUGAGGAAAUUUUUUUAACUGGGGGUCAAGAUAUUCAUGAACUUGAAUAUUCUUCAGACGAGUAUGAAGACACUGGUAUAGAAUCCGCAACCAAUUGGAAACCUCAACAAUCUUAUUGCCAAAAACAAGAAACAUUUUUGUCAUCAAAUGGGAUCAACUCUUCCAGACUUUCUGUUUCCAAAUCAAAUUUACAUUCUUUUAUUCAAAAUAAAAACCAUUUAAAUAUACCAGAAUCAGAUAAGCUGGAUGAAUUAAAAGCAGAUUCUGCAGCAAAAAAUAAUUCUCUUAAUGAUUUAUCAUCGGAAGAACACCCAAGUUCGAAUUGCAUAAAUGGACUGAAAAGCACACCUAUUUGUCUCGAUUGGGCUUCUUCAAUUUCACUAGAAAACGAAGACAAUCAACAGGGAGAGGGGAAGGUAUUACAACAACCACAGCAACAGCUUGGGCAACAGAAUCGUGAUCAAUCACGGCCUUACGAGCAGGACUUCAUUAGAUUGCAGAAUCAGAGUGGUAAUAUUCCAUCUCAGAACAAAGUUUUUGAAAUUGAAGCUGAAGAAGUUCAAGGGGAUUACGCCGAUAUUUCAAGACACCGCCGUCAACGAAGUAGUUUGGAAUAUGAAGGUAGCAUAACCACCGGCACAGAGUCUACUGAAAGAGACUCAGUAAGUGAAGGAUACCCAGAUUAUUAUUAUAACGGUUCACAGUUGUAUGUUGGGAUGAUAAAUGGUGGGGAUAGCUUUUUGGGUAAAAUUGAUGAUGAAAAAAACGAGAAUGCUAAAGUAUCUGAUAUAUCAAAAAAGAAUUUACUUGAAAAAUCUAAAGUUUCCAUUACAGUUACUUCACCAAAUAUGGAAACUUUUGAAUUAGUUGAUUCCAAAAAGAAUAAAAUAUUAGCAAAGCAUCAAACUGAUGUUAUCCCAAUACAAAUACAACAAAAUAUCAGUGUUUAUACAGCAGCUUUACCAACUAGUUCAAUACAUUCGCUUUCGAUUUCGACCAUGGCUGCAGCAUCUUCUUCAGUGCUUUCUUUAAAUACAAACAAAAUAUUUUCAUCUCCAAUUCUCAAUAGCUCUAUGCGUUCUUUACAUUUUCCUUUUGAAAAUAAGUUUCGUGAAUCCAUGAGUAAUCAAAAGAAGAGCAAACCUCAAAAUACUGUUCAAUUUGCUUCACCUUUAUGUCAAGAGAUUUUGUCAUUAGAAGGUGAAGGAAAAAUAAAAGAAAUUAGCAGCGAUGAUGAUGGUGUUGAAACUGCUAGCAUUACUAGCGAGGAAAGCUUCGGUCAUGUUUUUGGGGGACCCGGCGUACCACCUUAUCAAAUACUGCAAAGGCAGCAGCAACAGCAACAACAACAGCAUCAGCUUCAGUAUUACGAACAUUUGAAACAACAACAAGAAAUACUACAAGAGGCUUUACAAAAUCAAAUGCAACAGGGAUAUCAUCAAAAUUAUGAAAAUCCUGAAUCCGAGAUAAGUAAUAAAAAUGAAGGAGUUUCUGCUUCCCAACACCAACACACAAAUGGAACCUAUACAGAAGACAUUGAAGUUUUAAAAUUGCCAAUAAACCAUAAAUCUCAUCUGAAAUCGAAUGGCGAAACCUAUUUUGAUUCUGAUAAUGAUACUGAAUGGAAUGUCAUGGAUGCUAAUGGUUAUUUGUCUUCUCAAGGAAACAAAGAAGCCAACAAAAUAAAUCCUUUACCGUCACAUUAUGCUGUUGAUUCCAAUGCUAUACAAGAGACCUUUUAUGAACAGCAUGAGUUUAAUGAGUUGCAACAAGAAAAUCCCUACCGGGUCUAUAGUAGAACUGCACCACAACAACACCCUUAUCAUGCUAUUGCUGAUGGCGGCACUGGCGAUUAUGGGGUAAAUGCUCAACCUCAUAACGAGAAUAAAGUUGAUAGUUUGGGGAAUAUUCCAAUUUCUGGAGUUGGAGGAAUGACGGCAGUAGCUUUUGGUGGAGAUUCUGGAGGAGAUUCUGGUAAUGAACUAGAUGAGUUCAAGGUUGCACCCCAGUUUACCUUUCCUGCACUCAACAAGGAUACAAAAAAGUCAAAAGGUCGUAGUAACAUUAGCAGUAAGCUUGGAUCUAUUAGUAGUACAAUAACAAACUAUCAACAGCGCCAGCGUAAACAACAGCAACAAGAAAGGCAAACUAAACAGCCACAGGCUUCCCAGGAAGAGCAGCAGCCCCAAGUUUCUUCCCAAAUAACAAAUCAAUCAUCACAACCAACUUAUCAUCCGAGACUUAUGCCACCAUAUAUUAAUAGUCAGGGAAGAAUGAAUUCAGAUGGUAUUUUUUCUUCUGAUUCAACAGUGAGUAUGUUUGGACAAUAUGCCGAAACUGUGGGAGGUGGAGUAAAUGGAGUUUCUGCAAAUUUCAAGAAUUUAAACCUUGAUUUUGUGGAAGAAGAUGAACCUAAUGAAACUUUAAAAGUGCAGAGAAUGGAGUCUAACAAUAUUUUGGGAGGUGAUGGUGAUGCUUUAAAAAAUUUGGACAGAAAGAAAUUUGCUGCAAAUGAAAAUCUUAUGAAUGGACGGCAACAGAUCACAAAAAGAAUAGAUGCUGUUAGGGAAACCAAUGAUAACACCAUUGAUGAGAACUUAGAUUCUUUAACACUUGGCAAAAUUAACAAUGCUUCAGAUAAGGUCUGCCAACCGAGCUCAACUAUUGAGCCCAAUCAACUUGAUCCAACAUUUGUUGAUUACGAUUCAUUACCUAUUCCUAGUCGUCCAGCUCCUGCACCACCAAGUCAAGCAUUUUUGCAACAACCGCUUAAUAAUAUUGUUAAAUCUUCUUCUGGAGAAAUAAAAUCCCAGCAACAUAUUAAUAAUGUGUUCGUUACAGCACCAGUGACAUUGACAACAUCAACAAGAUCCAAAAUGCAGACUAUUCCCCCUGCGAUGGCAAUGAACCCUGCACUUUCUCCCACAACAAUGAUUCCUGUUAUGGAACAGUCAUCAGCACCAAUUUCUCAAGAUCCUGAUUUAGGAGAAGGGUUUGGAUUUGUGUUUCGCAUGUCUUCUCCAUCACCGACAGGGCCUCCAACAUCAACAGAAUAUGUGGGGUACAUGGGUCAGCCACUUACUCAUACCACAGGUCGCAGCACUUUACGACCAGUGCCUUUGGAAAAUGCAUUUGGAAACUUUGCAUCGACAGAUGAAGAAGAUGAUUAUAGUGAAGGAGGAAUGGGUCGACGAAUUACUGGUUUAAGACGUCGACGUCGACGCCGACGUCGACAAAAUGCUAAAAAUAACAACAACAAAAAUAACGGAAGUGUUAAUGCGGUUGAAAGGAAUACAAGCAAAAGUAACUUUAUAGGGCAAUGGUGGAAUCGAGGUGAAGAAAGCAGUGGCAGCGAUGAGAAUGAGGAGCGGUUUCUUCCUACCUCUAACAUAGUCCUGUUGUAUAUUAAACAAAUAAAGGAGCUCAUCAAAAGUUUGCUCAUCAAAAUCGAGCAAAAGCUAAUGGACCUUAAGGAAAAAAACAAAAGAUUGGCUUCCAAGGCUAGAACCGGAAUAAUACGUCGACAAGAAAAUCAUUCACUUGACCGACAGGAUCAAUCGUAUCGCUAUGAAUAUAUGAUUGGGCAGGAAGAACAAAUGCAGCAAAAUGGAUGCCCCAGGUUACAACAUCAUGUGAGUUUUAGUAACCAAGUUUCCAAUACUCCUAAUAAUGAUAAUUCUGGAUAUCAUAGUAUAAUAUUACAGCCAACUUAG